AUGCCCGGCCUCCUCGGCCUUGCCAGCUCCCUGCGGCUGCAGGUCGCAGCACACAACGCCCCCGCCGCGCUGCGGCCGCUGUUGGCGCCGCUGCUGGCGGCGCACCUGCGCCGCAUCAGCCCGACGGCCGAUGCCGACUCGCUCGAGGCUGCCGUGCGGCCCGUGCUGUUGCCGAGUGAGCAGUGGGGCGACCUGGAGCGGUGGCGCGGGAACGCACGCCUGCUAGCGUGGCUGCGCUCCGCCUACAUCGCCUCUCGCGACGAGACGCGUGCGACGCUGCCGGCCGCGGACCGCUCGCUGCAGGCUUAUCCAGGCACGCUUCCACACGCGCACCAGAUCCGCGAGAUCUUUGGCACGCGGCUCGUGGCGGGGCGCAACGCGCUCAACAUCUGGAUGGAGCGGAGAGGCGUGUACGAGCUGCUCACGACCGAGCUCGUCGGCGCGCUGGGCGGAUACCUGAGGGGCAGGCUCGCGCGGCUGGGCAGGCGGCUGGGGCGGCGGCCUCGCCUACUCGAGGCGGGCGCCGCAGACGGACACCUUGUGGCGCAUCUCCGCGCGUCGCUGGCGGGCGAGAGGGGCGAGGCUGCGGUCGCGGAUGUGUUCGCUUGCGACGACUUCUCGACAGCGGCGCCGGGCGGCGUCCGUGCCGCGCGCUCGCGCGGCGUGGAGCAGCUGGGGUACUGGGAGGCGCUCGCCGAGCACAAGCCGGAUAUGGUGGUGUGCGCGUGGAUGCCGAUGGGCGUGGACUGGUGGCUCUCGCCUCCGACCGAGGAGCCCUGCACACCGUGGGCGCCGAGGCGUCGCCUCGUGAGUAGGUCGCACGCCUUCCGCCACACCCCCACGGUGCGCGAGUACCUCCUGCUCGGCGAGGCCGACGACGGCUCGGUCGGCCACCUGUGGCGCACCUGGGGCAAUCCUGCCUUUCGGCCUCCGACCGCUCCGCCGAGUCUGCCCCCGCCCUACUUGGCCGACGGGUGGGAGCGGGCGGAUCUGCCCGAGAUUGGGCGGUGGAUGCUCAACCGAUUCGACUCGGAUCUCGACCCGCACGGCUCGCGAGCCGUCUCGUUCGUCCGACUGAACAGCUGA